CAUAUUAUACUCCGGGAGGACAGUUGAUUCAGGCAGGACGAGCUAGGCAUCACACAAAGACAUUUGAUGUUUCCUCAGUGCAAAAAGUGCUAAAGAAAACAGAACAUGGUACAGCAUUGGACGGGAAACUUUACCAUUUGGUAAUCGUUGCAUAAAUAAACAAGAAAAGUGGUGAUUUUAUGUAUCUUUAGGAAUCCCAAGACCAUCAUUUGCAUUUCUGUUUAGCGUUGAUUGCUUAAAUGGGUUGAAUAUCUCCGACGAUUAGCUCAGUGUUCGUAGACAUCUGGAAUGCAAGUUUUUCUGAAUUUGAAGAGACUCGACGAAUAUUGUGUUUCCACCCAAACUAAACUGGUGAUUUUGGGACUUCAGAGUGAAGAAACUAUUUUUAUCGCAAACCGGAAGAUUUCGUCACACCAUUAGCACCUCGUUAGGAAGCGGUGGUACUUUUUUCUUAGAAGCAUUCUAUUUUAAGCAAUUAUGAAGAUAUGCAUUUGAUAUAAUUUUUUGCGGCGAGUGAAAGUAAAAUAUUGCUACAGAGGAGUACUAAACAAGUAGCAUAUCUACAUAUAUGCUAAAGCACAGAACCUAUAUUGAAGGUCAAACUUGUAAAAUGGAAUCAGACGAUCCGUAAUUGAUAAGAAAACUGUGGAACAAGGACUCGUACCAUUGGUAGAAUAAGAUUAUAUCGGAAAACGGUGCUCCUGCGUUCGAGAAGCCAGACAACACAGGAUAUGCCUAUUAUGCGUACAGGCGUAAUGCGCUAGACGAAAUCAAUUUUUUGUGAUUUAUGCGUAGCUAUGUUCAGAGAGACUGUAAAAGGCUAGGAAGCAUAGUUUCAGUUUCAGUGGUGAAGAGAACGGUAGUGCGUUGAUUGAAUAAUGAUGAAGUAUAAAUAAAACCGAAACGCCUGAAAAGAGUGAAUCAAUACAGCAUACUCGGCACCACACAUAUCCACGGAGCAUAUUUAAACUUGGGAGUAAUCAUCUCAGCGUCCUUCACAGUUAGUGCAACCGAAGUUUUUUUUGCUCUCACCGUGUUUGAGCAAACGUAGCACAAAUGAAAAAAGUAAUGAUACCUUCGCUGGAUAUGAAAAAGAGUGUUUCGGUCAAAGUAGAUAGUGAUCUGACAUUACUACUAUCGAGUGGAGUGUACGAAAUCAAAAAAAUGGAGCCCCGCAGGCGGCUCCGUCCUAUUGUGAUAAUAUGCUUGUUUCUUACCAUUGCCGGUAUCAUCGGGUUUGGGUACUUCUGUCCAGAUCAGGUGUGUGCCCUGUCCCGGCGGGAUGUGACUAGUAACCAGGAACUGAUAGCUAGCUUCACACACGAUAAUCUCGGCAAACCGGUGCAACAGAAUCUGCUCGCCAAUCCGGGGCUUAGCUACGAGGAGGUGCUCAACGAUGACUUCCAAUUCGACAUGAACGCACACGACGUGAUGGUCUUUUUGCACAUUCAGAAAACCGGCGGCACAUCCUUCGGGAAACAUUUGGUGCGAGACUUGGAUUUGAAGCGACCGUGCACAUGUCAGCGAAAGAAGAAACGGUGCUACUGUUUCCGGCCGCAUCGCAACGAAAAUUGGCUCUUCUCGCGGUACUCGACGGGUUGGAAAUGUGGUUUGCAUGCCGACUGGACCGAGCUGACCGGAUGCGUCGAUCAGGAGCUGGACAAGAACGAAGGGGAAACGGCCAAACGGAGAUACUUCUACAUCACUCUGCUGCGCGAACCGAUCGCUCGGUAUCUGUCCGAGUUCCGCCACGUCCAGCGUGGUGCGACCUGGAAGAACUCCCGCCACUGGUGCCUCGGUCGGACAGCCACGCCGGAAGAGCUACCGCCGUGCUACAAUGGUGAAAACUGGAACGGCGUACCACUGGACAAAUUCGCCGGCUGCGAGAGUAAUCUUGCGGCCAACCGCCAGACCCGCAUGCUAGCCGAUCUGGCGCUGGUUGGCUGCUACAACAAAACCUACAUGCCAUCGACCGAGCGCGACCGCAUCAUGCUGGCCAGUGCCAAGCGCAACCUCGCCGCCAUGUCCUACUUCGGGCUGACCGAGUAUCAGAAAAUCUCGCAGUACAUCUUUGAGGAAACGUUCAAUUUGCGCUUCGCCAUACCGUUCGAGCAGCACAACAACACCGUGUCGACGAGCACCAUGAACGGUUUAACGCCCGAUCAGAGGGCAAAAAUAGAUAAGCUAAAUGCACUCGACAUCGAGCUGUAUGCAUUUGCGAAGAAAUUAAUGUUCCAAAGAUUUGAAAGACUAAAAGCCAAAGAUAAUGAUUUUAAUGUAAGAUUCGCGCAUUUGGGAAACCUAGGAGUUAAGAACGGUGUUACCGAGUUCAACUGGGACAGCAACAUCGACGAUGUGCCCAGCAGUGAGAAUCACUGAUACGGAAGGGUAUGGGGUCGUUCCGAAGCGACAUUCCCGCACAAAUCGCCAUACAAGUGGAUACCGAAAGCGUUGCCAUCGAGUCCUCCGCUGAAUCGUCCUGCACAAGCCUCGUCACUAACUGUCAAUACUGUCACUUUGUCCCGCAUCAAUCACCUUCCCGCCGAAAGUCGUCCACCGACAGUGGCGGCGGGCGCAAAUUCAUCAUUUUUCAAUCUCAAACUACUCGCUUCCACUAGUCCGAAUGAAAGGAAGCAGCUUCGACGGUCGCAGCCGCAGGACCUCGGCAGGGGACGAUCCUUCAAGUUGACUAAGCAACAGAUUACAAUGCAAACGCUGCGCGAUAGUCCGCCAUCAGAAACUCAGGAGAUGAGCAGCAACAGCAGCACCCAGUGAUGCUGGAUAGUCAUAGGAUGUUAGCUCCGAGUGUUGUUUGCAUACUGAUUUUAGCAUUUUUAGUACUGACGCAGAAUGUGAAUAUUUUACCUAAUACAUACACACACAACAAACAGAAUUGUUUCAUAAUACCUUAAGAACUAAUAAUAAACAUCUACACCCAUGCGAAAGGUGUAUUA